AUGGAUAUAAAAACCUUGCUGGACAAUCUUAAUGAUGAAGUAUCCUGUUCUGUGUGCAUGUGCCCAUUCACUGAUCCAAAGCAGUUGCCUUGUUUGCACAGUUUCUGUCUUCAAUGCCUGAAUGAUAUUCAGCGAUCGAGCGGCGUCCAUGGCCAAAUUACAUGCCCCGAGUGUAGGAAACAGUUUCAAAUCCCUGGAAGUGGAAAUCCCAGCGAGCUUCCCACCAAUUUUCGUAUCAACAGUUUGCUAGAUGUCCUGACAAUUAAAGAGUGCAGUACUGCUAACGUGAAAUGUGGAAACUGCGACAAAAGGAGCGCCCAGACCUUAUAUUGCUUUCAGUGUUGUUCUUUCUGGUGCGAGGAAUGUAUUUUAGGACAUAACAUAAUACGCACCAAUAAAGAUCACAAAACUCUGGCACUGAAGCAUUUUCAGGAUCAAGACAUCGAGGCUGUGUUAAAGCGACCAGCAUUUUGCCAGAAGAAACACCAUGAAAAAGAAGAACUGAAGUUCUUUUGCAAUGGCUGUAAAGUCGCCAUUUGUAACACUUGUGCUAUGACAGUUCACGAUGAUCACGGCAAGAUGCUUUUGCAAGCAGCUACAGAUGACCGCAAGACACAGAUAAAUGCCAUGAUAAUUUCCUUAAAGAAUAAAGCACUAGAAAAACGAAAGGAGGUCGAAGAAUUGCUCCAAAAGAGCAAGGAAGUUCAAGAGCAGGUAACCGAGAUAAGAAACCAAGUGCAGACGAAUGUAGACCAAAUGAUUGAAAUCAUCCAAGCAAAGAAACAGGAAGUCUUUGAUGCAAUCAAUAAGCAAGCGAAAGUAUCACUGGAAUCUCUCACACAGAAAAAACACGUACUUGAAAAUCAAAUAACAACAAUUAACUCUGCAAUUGAACAAACGGAAUCUUUGUUGAACCGAAGCUUCAAUACUGAAAUCCUUGGAUUCACUGAAACAUUUGAUACAAUCCUAAAGGAACAGGGCACCCAAGGAAACUCUGAAAGUAUUCCUCGGUUUAGUUUCACUAAAAGCGAAAAACUGAUUAACCUGUUAAGCAUGAGCGAGGGGAUAGGUAAUAUAGAAUUUGUUUUUAGCGAAACGAAAGCUCAACAAUCAGAAGCUGAACGUGAAGAAAGCGGUGAAGUAUCUGGUGAAAACAUUAGAGCAAAAUUUGGCCGUGGUGGUUCUUUUGCGGAACCCAAGGUACAAACCAGUCAAUUAAGACGGAAAUCAUUUGGACAAAAGGGUAAGUAUUUUGGAAUGCUUAAUGAACCCUGGGGGAUAGCAGUGAAUGAUCGGGAUGAAAUUGCCGUGACUGAAUACUGUAACCACAGGGUUUCAGUGUUUAGUAGCGACGGAACCUACUUAAGAUCGUUUGGCAAGAAAGGUAAGAGAAAUGGUGAGUUCCAAUAUCCUACAGGAAUCGCGUUUGAUACUAAUGGCAAUAUUGUGGUUGCAGACAAUGAUAACCACAGGGUGCAAAUCUUUGAUGGCAAUGGCAACUUUCUUAGUAAGUUUGGUAAGGAAAAAAGUCGUCACCACCCCCCGCUCAAUUGUCCUGAAGGUGUGUCGAUAAACGGCAAUGGUGACAUCAUUGUUGCUGAUACCGGUACCCAAUUAAUCAUGAUAUUUUCUUCUAGUGGGGAGUACUUACGAAAAUUUGGCGGACCAGAUUUUUUCCUCAAUCCCUAUCACUGUAUCCAACUUGGACAAUAUCUUGUAGUCUCGGAUUGCAAUAACCAUUCCAUUAAAAUAUUAAAUCUUGAAGGAAAGUUUAUUUCUAAAUUUGGGAAGGAGGGGAACCGGGAUGGAGAGUUCAAUAAGCCCCGUUAUUUGUCAGUUAACAAACAAGGAUUGUUAGUGGUCUGUGAUUCGAGAAAUAACAGAGUGCAAGUAUUUGAACCAAGUGGAAAGUUUGUCACAAAGUUUGGAAGUAAGGGUAGCGGGGUCGGUGAGUUGAAGCAUCCAAAUUCUGCAGCAAAUCUUAGCGAUGGAAGGAUAGUUGUGUGUGACGGGGAUAACCAUCGAAUCCAGAUAUUUGAUCAAAUGUGUGAUACAACUUUAGUUUAAGAUCCACUCACUUAAAAAUGUGAUCUGCUAUUGCAGUUCAAUGACUCGUCUUUCUGGAAGCCGAAAAACUUUUUGUGAUGUUUUUAGUUUAUCUUUUUUUGUGAGGACUAUACAUGCUGCGUUUCAUUAGCUGACCUAAUUAUCUAGGUGAAACGAAAUUAAUGCCCCAUUCACACCAACUAAACAUUUUUCGUUAAACCAGGUUCAGUUUAAAACAUGAAAAACAGACAUGGAAAACUGGAACACAGGGUUUCACACAGGAUUCAAAUGAAGUUCUGCAUGUUUUGUAAUUUUCACUAAAUCUCAGUGCAAUCAAUUUAAGUUAGCAGCUUUUAUGAAGGAAAGAAAAUUCAGACCAACUAAAACAGCUUUUAGGCUGUUCAGUUAGCUUAAACAUGUUUAAGCUUCGGUGUGAAUGCGGCUUAGUCAAGCUUUUUAAUUUUAUAGAAAAUGACAUUUUUGUCAACGUGUUUAAUUCUAUAUACCUUGUUUCACAGUUUGUAUAGGUAAUAGCAUGAUUAGUGGUGAUAUUUGGCAUAAAUACCACGAGUGAUAUUUCGAAAUUGUGAUACUUAAUUUCACGAGCUGUUAGGGAAGUGAAAUUUGAGACAAUUUUGAAAUAUCACGAGUGGUAUUUAUGCCAAAUAUCACGUACAAAUCAUGCUAUUAUUUGUUUAUACUACUACCCGCAAAGGUUUUGUAAUUUUUCCACGUAGGUAUUUCAAAUUUAGCUGAAAUACCACUGCUCUAAGCCAAUCAAAGUGCAGAAAUUUCUCAUGUAGUGGUAUGAAAAUAGUAAACAACAAUAGACUACGAGCAGUCGCUUAAUUUUCUCCAAAGAUCAGUAGGGUAUGAUGUGUACCACGCUGGCAGCAAGCAGCGACGUUACAUUUUUUAAAAUAAUAUGUUUUUCAGUUUUUAUAUAAUGUAUUUUAAUUGAGUUUACUUGAAUUACGUUUGACAAUAUUUACAAGAGACUACUUGAAGUUGCUCCUUCAUGAAAUUUUCUUCAAAGAUCACCAGAGCAUCGAGCAGGCAGCAAAUGUCGUGUGGGCCUCUCGCGUCAGUCGCCCUCUCCCACUGGCGCUUACUUGUUACAUGUGCCAUCCCCCGGGAUUUGAGGAAAAAUAAGGGACUAUUUGCAUAUUUCUAUAUACCAAAGGACAACUUAAAGUAUAGAUCAUUUAUGUUUCAAGUAGAUGAGAAAGUUAAAAGAGCAAAGACUUACUUAAAAUAAUAGCUAUUGUGUUUUGUAGUAAUUGUACAAUAAUGUAAUAAACUUCAAUUUGCACUCAAAAAUUCAUUCUUUUUCUUGUCUCACUCGGACCUUGUAUCUUCUUAGCUAUUCCCCCUUGGAGAUUUUGUCAACAAAAAUCUUUGGAAGUUUAGUUUUCUCU